AGACGCGGAGCAGGCGGCGAGCGAGGCGCGGUGGCAAGGGCGCGUGGUAGGGGAUACCGAGGGUGUCCUGCGCGCGGCGGCAGCCCGGAGGGCGCCCCCCUGGCGCCUUCGCUGCUCCUCCUUCUCUCUUCCCCAUGAGCCGGGCCGGGGGGCUGGCCGUGCAUGUUGCUGCAGCUGCUGGCGGCGGGGAGGCGGCGGCGGCGCGGACGGGUCUUCUGAGCGCUCCGCUCCCCGCGCCCGAGCUGCGAAUGUGACCCUGCGCUCGGCUUGUGCGCCUCGGCUCCUGCGCCUCGCCAUCCGGCUACUCCGAAGAAAGGAAGGAAGGAAGGAGGCAGCCGGCCGGCCGGCCAAGGGCAGGAAAAAUGACCCCCUUCCCAACUGUGGCCCUCCUCCUCCUCCUCUUUGUGGUGGGCUACGGAUCGUCGGAGAAUUCCAGUACCUCCAGAGGGUGCGGCCUGGACCUUUUCCCUCAGUAUGUCUACCUGUGUGACCUGGAUGCCAUCUGGGGGAUCGUCGUGGAGGCGGUGGCCGGAGCUGGAGUCUUGACGACGCUGCUCCUCAUGCUGAUCUUGCUGGCAAGGUUGCCGUUCAUCAAGGAAAAAGAGAAGAAGAGCCCCCUGGGGGUCCACUUCCUCUUCCUCUUCGGGACCCUGGGACUCUUCGGGUUGGCCUUCGCCUUCAUCAUUCAGGAGGAUGAGACCAUCUGCUCGGUCCGCCGUUUCGCCUGGGGGGUCCUCUUUGCGCUCUGCUUCUCGUGUUUGCUUGUCCAAGCCUGGAGGCUACGGAAGCUCGUCCGGCACGGCAAGAGCCCGUCCGGGUGGCAGCUGGCCGGCGUCGCCGUCUGCUUCGCGCUGGUCCAAGUCAUUAUCGCAGCGGAGUGGCUGAUACUGACGGUCGUGCGGGACGGGAAACAGGCCUGCCGUUACGAGCCGAUGGAUUUCGCGAUGGCUUCCAUCUACGUCAUGUUUCUGAUGGUGCUGGCCCUGGGCUUUUCUUUCUUCACAGUGUGCGGGAAGUUUAAGAAAUGGAAGAAGAACGGAGUGUGCCUCAUUCUAACCAGCUUUUUCUCAAUCCUCCUUUGGGUUGCUUGGCUGACUAUGUACCUCUAUGGUAAUAAUGAACUGAGGAGAAGAGACCAAUGGAGUGACCCCACUCUGGCAAUAGCACUGGUGUCUAGUGGUUGGGUCUUCGUGAUCUUCCACGCUAUCCCGGAGGUUCACUGCUCCAUCCUCCCAUCCCAGCAGGAAAACACACCUAAUUAUUUUGAUACUUCACAACCGCGGAUGCGGGAGACUGCUUUUGAGGACGACCUGCAGCUUCCGCGGAGCUACAUGGAAAACAAAGCCUUUUCAAUGGAUGAGCAUAAUGCAGCUUUGCGGACUGCAGGAUUUCGCAACGGCAGCCUGGGUAGCCGUCCCGGCGCCCCCUUUAGAAGCAACGUCUACCAGCCCACUGAGAUGGCAGUUGUCCUGAAUGGUGGGACUAUUCCAACUGCUCCACCAAGUUACACUGGAAGACACCUUUGGUGAAAAAGCUUAUAGGCUGUAGAGGAUGAGAAAGAGAGAGACAGUUUUAUUUCCUGGCAGUGUGCAUUGUUUUAUUUUUUUCUGAGGGAAGAGUGAAUAAUCCUAGCACAGGACAUCAGCAGUGCGGGAGGGGGGGGGACCCAUCCAAGGAGCAUGGGAGAUCCUAGACCUGAUAGCUUGUUGUUGUUUUAAAAAUAAAAAU